CUAUAAAAAUAAUUUCCCCAAGUUUAUUUUGCGAUCGAUCCAAGAUGCAAUACUUGAUGUUUGUCUGGUUUUUUUUGGCUACCAGUUCCUGUAGGGCUGAAGACAGCGAUUCCCUUAAGUUAGUUCAUGUGUUAUUUCGACAUGGAAACCGGAAUCCAGAUCAAGCUACCCUUUGGGAAGGAAGCCCUUUCGCUAACGAAAGCUUCUACCCAGAAGGUUUUGGUCAGUUAACUAAUGCAGGCAAACGGACUGAAUAUAAUUUAGGAGUAUUGCUAAGAGAUCGAUAUGAUGAAUUUCUUGGCGACACCUGGAACAGCAAUUUGCUUGAUGUUCGAACAACGGAUUACAACCGAACUAAAAUGUCGGCAUUGUUGGUUUUGGCUGGUUUAUGGCCGCCUAGAGGCUCAAAUGUAUGGAACGACGACUUGCCUUGGCAGCCAAUUCCUUACAACUACUACUCAUCUUCAGAGGAUACUGUACUAUCAACAGCUGUGGGAAAUAGUACUUUAGCGGGAUAUUUUGAUAAUUCGGAAACUAGCGAAUAUUUAGCAUCCCGGUAUGGGGAAAUGAUGGAGAUUCUGAGCGAGAAUACCGGCAUCGCAGCGGAUGAUUACUAUGCAGCAUUCCUGACUACUGAUGGGAUAAAAGUGCUGAUACAACUGGGGUUCCCUCAGAAAGAAUGGGAACACGAGGUCUUUCCAGAGCCUAUAAAAUCUUUUGUGGUGGACUACUACUAUAUAGUUACUAAUACUACCGAACGUCGGAAGGUCGUCUCCGGACCUUUUAUUCAGAAGAUUCUCACAGACAGUGAGGCCUUUAUCAAUGGAACCAUUUCCCCAUCCUCCAGAAAAAUGUUUCUGUAUUCUGCCCACGACUUUAAUGUAGGCUGCCUCUUGCUGUCUUUAGAUGCUUUCGCAUUGCCUGAAAGUCCUCCUUAUGGAGCGGCAGUGUUACUUGAGCUUCACGAAAUUGAUGGCGUAUAUGGACUUAAGCUUUUCUACGUGGAUUACCGCAAGGGCAGCCCACAUGCUUUGUCGAUUCCUGGAUGUUCACAUUUUUGUCCUUUCGAUCAGUUCUAUUCUUUGGUUGAGGAGAUUUUGCCUGACUAGGAAAUUUCAUUUUAUGAAAAAACGGUUUUCAGCAUUGGAAACUGGAAAAUAUUAAAUAAUUGAAGUUA